AUGGGGAAAAAAAGGGACUUGAUCCCAAUACUGAACUCAGGCAACUUCUCCCACAUUCUGGAUGUAACAAUGUGCUGGCAUGAAAAAAAGGUACCAUCUCUUCUUGACUUGUUCAAACUACAAGAGAGACGACUAGAGAUAAAGACAGAGUUGAUUGAAGUAACAAAGGAGUGUGAAAGCAAGGAAUAUCUCUUUGAACUCUUUAGAAGAAAAGAUGCUCUUAUUGAAUGCAUGAAAUCAAGAAGGGGUUGA